AUGGCCACAAAUGGCGACGAAUCCCCGUCCCUUCCGGAACGACCAAUUGCGACCAAGGACACGUCCCCACGAACCGACAUCUUCAAUGCCAGCUCCGUGGCCGAGAUCAAGGCGGCUCUGUCCCGCCUCCACACCCAAGAAGCCUCAGUAACUGCACGUCUGGAUGCGCUAGUUACAUCACAGAAAGAUCUCUCCCGGGAACUGGGUCGUCUGGAUUUGAUGCGCGCCCACAUUGGCACUCAAUCAACCACCACCCGAGCGAUUAGCCAUGGGAUGCUUUCUGAGGCAGCGGACACUGCUGAUCGGAUUUCGCGUGCCGUGCGCCGACUAGACUUGGAGCAGGCUCGCGUGAAAGCUACACUGGACGUAGUGGAGCAGGUUGCAGAGCUCAAGGCAUGCGCUCUGGGUGUUGCGGGGUCUAUGGGCGCGUCUCAGGAUUGGGAGACGGCAGCCAGCUAUCUACACCGCGCUGCACAGAUCCCACAAGCGGUGAUCAAUGGAGCAUUCGCCGCAGAGAUGGUCCCGACAGCCGAGGUGCCUGAUUCACCAAGUGUGACUUUGGACACCGCAGCGGAGUCAUUAUGCGGACUGUUUUUGCGGGAAUUUGACAAGGCAGUCAAAGAAAACGACGGGGCGAAGAUUACACGAUUCUUCAAGCUGUUCCCACUCAUUGGCCGAUCUGAGGUUGGACAGGAUGUUUAUGGCCGCUAUGUCUGUCAGGGUGUGGCUGCAAGGGCGCGCAGCAAUCUCAAUGCGAGCACAGGGGCGCAGGCUAAGGACGGGUUCUUUUAUGCCAAUGCUUUGACCAAGCUGUUUGAACAUAUUGCACAGAUCAUCGAUGGUCACGGCGGACUAGUCGAACGUCACUAUGGCCCCCGGAAAAUGGGGCGUGUCAUUGAACGGCUGCAGGUUGAAGCCGAUGUACAGGGUGGCAUUAUUCUAGACACCUGGGGCGACGAGCGACAUGUGGAUCGGAAAUUGAUGGAAAUCAAGUCAUAUGCAUUCACAUUCUUAGUGCAAAGCUUCCUGCCGGCGCAACGUCCAGGUCAGCCUCGGACACAUUCGCCAGCGCCAGGAGGAGCAAGGACUUCUGAAGAUGAAGGGGUCGACAUGAAGGAAAUUGAUGAAAUCCUCAAUGAGAUGGGUAUUAUGCUCGGUCGCUGGUCUCUAUACUGUCGUUUCCUAGCAGACACUUGCAACCCUCCCGUCGAAGGUGAAGACGAUAAUGAGAAAAGAUUCGAGCUCCCUGCCUUCUUGCAGGAGUCCUCUUUGGCGCGCAAGGUCAAUGAUCGACUUGUGACUCCCUUUAAUGCCAUGACCACCUUCUUCUUCCGCCGGUCUGUAGAAAAGGCAUUCCAGCUGGAUGAAUCGCCAUCGGGCUUAAAUAUGAAUUUACAACGACCACUACAAGCAGACACUCCCCACAUCACAUCUGCUGUGGAUGACAUAAUGUACAUUGUCAACAAGGUUCUACAACAAUCAUUGGCCACAUCUCAGGAAUCUGUGGUCACAAAUGUGGUUCCUACGCUGUCUCGUGUGCUUGGAUCUGACUUCAUCGGCAUGACGCAACGCAAGAUGCGUGAUGAAUGCUACCCGCGCGCCCCUGUGCAGGGAGCCCUCCCCCCAGAGCAGACAAUAAUUGCAUUCCUGGUGCAGAUUAACAACCUUGACGUCGCAAUUGACUAUAUACGGCGCAUUGUUCAAAAUACCACUGGCUUGAAGCAGCCUCUUCCCCCCUACAAAGACGGCAACCAAGAGCAACCACCACAGGUCACCGAACAUCUCCUCUCGCUCUUCCCAGCUCCUGCAUCCGCACUUAAGGUUGCAAACACGCUUUACUCUCUUGCAAGCUCAUUCGAAAGUAAGGUCAAUGAUCUUCUCACCGACGGCAUUCAAGUUGUCUUCAACAAUGUCAUCAAACACCGCCUUCGACCCAUCCUUGCUGAUGCAUUCCGCGACAUCGAAUACCACCCAUCAAGCGAUGCCGACCAGCCUAUCGACGAUCAGGAUGACUUCCACGAGCACGACGGCAGCAGCAAAGAGCUUGUCCGUCCUCGCUUUGCAGCCGGCUGGUCAGAGAUGCUUGUCCCGAUAGCUCGUAUCCUCACACAACAAGCAUUCGACCGUCUCCUCGCCGUCACUAUCGCGUACUUUGCCCGUCUGUUAGAAAAACGGUUAUGGUCUUAUCAGGGCCGUGUGAACCCGCUCGGCGCAGGCCGUCUGGAGCGCGACAUUGCUGGCCUAGUCAGCACCGCCGUGGAUGUCGGUUAUGGAUCUGGUACACCCAGCCGCUACCGCCACCGUGAAGCGCUUUCGCGAUGUGUACAGAUGACACUCGUGAUGAGCAUGGACGAAGAUGAGUGGGAUGAAGUGUUACAGGGUGGUGAGGCCGCUGAGGUAGUAGACAAGCUCACCCGGGAGGAGAGAGUACGUGUCCGUGCAAUGGUCAGACGCAGAUAG